AUGGUAGAUGCUCUGGCAUUAAGGAAAUCCCGCAACAUUACCUUAGCUGCCAUGGAACAGUUCGAGGAAAAAGUUAACAGGCACGUAUUCAAGUUAGGAAACAUCAAGAGAGACAUUGAUUCCAUCCUCAUGGAUAUGGAAGAAAACCCAGUCAUGAAUCUCGAGCGUGCAAAGACUUGCAAAACUUCAUUGAAUAAAUACAUGUUGCAAUAUGAAAAGGCCUCUGCGGAAUAUGUAGCAUAUUUACGAAGUCAACGCCACGAAGCCAGUACGAGAGAGGAAGCCUCCAGGUCCCUCAUCGCAACUGCAUUACAAGAAAAAGUGACAUCAGUGUUGAAACAGUUAAACUCCAUACUACCUAACACAAGAUCGCAGAAGUCAGCAUACAGUCAAGGGUCCUCAUCCUCACGUCUCACAUCUGUAGUGCUACAACAUACAGCGAAGGUUGAGGAAGCACGAAUGAAACUGAAAUACGCUAAAGAAGAAGCGGAUUUGAUGAGAAAAGAAGCAGAGAUUAAGGCAGCCCAGCGUCUACUCACGGUCAAGAAAGAGUUUGAGGCAGCCCAGUCAAGUUUGACGGCAAUAAAGAAAUGUCUUGAAUACGACUCUCUUGGAGAAAGCUACAUACCACCCUGUGAAAAUGACCUAGGUGAAGAUGAUCCAUAUCAAACAGACAAUACUUACACAGUUGAACCGUCCAAAUAUCAGGAUCAUUGUGAAUAUACAGAAAAACCAAGAGAACUUCCUAACACUAACACAAGUGAACACACUAAUCUUAGUGAAUCUUCAGAAAGACCAAGAGAACCUGUAAACAACUACAACAGUGAGUGCUCAGAUCAAGUUCAAUGUAUUUCACAGACACCAGAAGAAAAACCGCAGAAACCUCUGAACCCAACUGCUCCAGAGUUUGUUGUCGUUCAACCGGAGAAAAAUGUUAUAAGUGAAACAAAUGAACUUGCUAAGUUGUUGGCCAAAAAGCAACUUAUACCAACAAGACUAACUGCAUUUGAUGAUGUCCCAGGACAUUACCUCGUCUGGAAAUCAACAUUUGAAAAUGUGACAAAUGAACUGGGUGCUUCUGUUAUGGAAAAACUUGACCUCUUGAUCCAGAACCUUGGAAUGAAGUCUAAGCAGCAGGCUCUCAACAUCCGUUCAGCAAAUCCCCAUGACCCCUCCAGAGCAUUGCGUCUGAUAUGGGAAAGAUUGGAUUCAAAAUUUGGGAGUCCAGAGAGCAUUGAAUCAUCACUGAAGAACAGAGUCGCAGCUUUUCCUACCUUAAAGAACUCAAACAGAAGUGAGCUUUUUGAACUCGCAGACAUUCUGAUGGAGAUUGAGUCAAUCAUGCAGAAUGAAAAGUAUGCAAAACUCUUCUCAUAUUAUGACUCCUCAGGUGGCAUAAACCCGAUUGUCAGAAAAUUACCUCCAAGCAUUCAGGAGAAGUGGACAAAUGAAGCUAACAAGUAUAAACAGAAAAAUAGUGUGAUCUAUCCGCCAUUUUCUGUCUUUUCCGCAUUUGUUAAUAAUAUCGCAAAGAUACGCAAUGACCCUAGUUUCAUAUAUGAAACUACUGAAAGUGCGCAGCAGAGUGAUGGAUGUAAACAUGUCAGAAGAACAAGUUAUAUCAAGACGCAAGUGUCCUCAAGGAAAACAGAUGUGACCACAGAAAGCUGUCCAGUGCAUGGAACCAACCAUACACUCAAUGCGUGUAGGCAAUUUCGCAUAAGGCCACUACAAGAAAGGAAAGAUUUCAUCAGAGAAAAUGGCUUCUGUUUCAAGUGCUGCGGACCAAAGAAACAUUUCCAAUCAAACUGUAAAAUGACUGUAAAGUGUGAUGUUUGUAACUCUUCCAAGCACCCAUCAGCACUUCAUCCAGACUUACGAAGGUCUUCUGUGAAAGAUCACGAGGGGGAGAAAUUCAUUCAAGAAGUGAGUGUAACGAACAAGUGUACAAAAAUAUGUAACACUCGAGGAAAUACAUCAAAAUCAUGUGCCAAGAUAAUUUUAGUGAGAGUGUACCCCCAAGGAAGAAAGAACUUGUCUAGAGAACUCUAUUGUAUGAUAGACGAACAAAGUAAUCGAUCCCUUGCAGUCUCACAGUUCUUCAAUGCCUUUGGAGAAUGUGGAAGUGAAAUAGAAUAUGUCCUAUCAUCUUGUGCUGGUAAAUUCAAUACAGCUGGACGCAGAGCCUCGGGAUACAUGGUGGAAUCUAUUGAUGGAACAUGUACUUUGCAGCUGCCUGAUUUGAUAGAGUGCAAUGAUAUCCCGAACAAUAGAGAAGAAAUCCCAUCACCUGGAGUGGCACAAUCUUUUCCCCACCUGAACGACAUUGCACAUCUCAUACCACCUUUAGACAAAUGUAUAGACAUUGAGUUACUGAUCGGUCGUGACCUCAUUAUGGCACAUCAUGUGUUAGACCACAGAAUCGGGAAGGAUAACUUACCUUAUGGACAACAACUGCCACUUGGAUGGGUUAUCAUCGGAAAUGUCUGCCUCGGAACGGUACAUAGCCCAGACAUUGUCAACGUCAACAAAACCACCAUUCUAAGUAAUGGACGUCCCACCAUGAUGAUUCCGUGUGAUAGUGAGAUUAAGAUUGACUUUGACUCAAUUUUUAGAAGAACGGAUCAGGAUGAGAAGCCAGGAUUAUCAGUUGAGGAUAAAGACUUUCUCAAUAUUAUAGGUUCUGGAAUACAGAAGACAGAUCAAGGUCAUUGGAUGGCUCCACUCCCUUUUCGAUCUACCAGGAGAACCUUGCCAAACAACAAGGAAGCAGCUGAACGGCGUGCCAGAUCCUUUGAUGCAAGUUUGAAGCACAAUGGACAAAAACGCGAGCAUGUGAUUGACUUUAUGCAGAAGUUAUUUGAUAAUAACCAUGCAGAAAAGGCCCCAGAUUUGGAUGAAGGAAACGAAUGCUGGUAUCUUCCGCUCUUUGGAGUAUACCAUACCAAAAAGCCAGACAGCAUAAGAAUGGUUUUUGAUUCAUCUGCCAAAUUCUGUGAUGUAUCUCUAAAUGAUGUGCUGCUCAAAGGACCCGACCUUAGCAAUAGCUUGCUAGGAAUCUUGAUGCGCUUCAGAAAGGAAGCAGUAGCAGUAACAAUGGAUGUGGAACAAAUGUUCUAUAACUUCAAAGUGAGCCCUGAACACAGAGACUUUUUGAGAUUUUUGUGGCACGAGGAUAAUGAUUUCAACCGCCCACUUACCACCUUCCGUAUGACAGUGCACGUCUUUGGGAAUAGCCCCUCACCCUCCGUCGCCACUUAUGGUCUGAGAAAAUCAGUAGAAUCAUCCAGUGAAGACGUCAAAGAUCUCAUAAACAAUAAUUUUUAUGUUGACGAUGGUCUAUUGUCAUGUUUCAGUGAGGAAGAAGCCAUAAGCCUUGUACAUAGGACAAAGGGGGCGCUUAAUGAAGGAGGGAAGUUAAGACUUCACAAAUUCGCAUCGAAUAGCAGAACACUUCUCGAUUCAUUUCCAUCAAGUGACCUCGCCAAGAACCUGAAAGACCUUGACCUCGGUGCAGCGUCACUACCACUACAGAGAAGUUUAGGACUUUUAUGGGAUACAGACUCAGACGUCUUCUUGUUUAAGGUGUCAGAUGAGCAGAAACCUUUUACCAAGCGUGGAGCAUUAUCCAUCAUCAAUAGUAUCUACGAUCCGAUAGGUUUUGCUCAACCAGUUAUAAUCAGGGGCAAAAUACUGCUGAGAAACAUGGUCUCCUCUUCAUCAAAAUUGGACUGGGAUGAUCCCUUACCUGACUCUCUCUACAAGGAAUGGAAAUCCUGGGUACGAUCGUUGCCAGAGUUAGAAGAGUUCCAGAUUCCCAGACAGUACAGUUCCCAGUCAUUUGAGGGCGCCCAGAAGAGAGAGGUGCAUAUCUUUGCAGAUGCAUCUAAAGAAGCCAUCGCAGCCGUGGCAUUCUUGAAGUUGCAUGGCAUGUGUCCAGAUUCCUGCACAACAAGUUUUCUCUUGGGAAAAGCAAAGGUUGCGCCAUUUAGUGGGCAUACAGUGCCUAGACUCGAAUUAUGUGCUGCGGUUUUGGCAGUUCAGUUGGCAGAUGUCAUCCAUGAACAGUUGAAGAUAGACAGAGAACAUUUUUCUUUCUAUUCCGACAGUCAAGUGGUACUUGGGUACAUAACAAAUGAGAAUAGAAGGUUCUACAUUUAUGUAGGGAAUCGAGUGAGUCGCAUCAGAAUGUCAAGUCAGCCCUCGCAGUGGAAUUACAUAGCAUCUGAACUCAACCCAGCAGAUGUUGCUACAAGAAGUGUGAAAGCAUCUCAAUUAGCAGACAGCAUGUGGAUCAAAGGACCAGACCUUUCAGCAGAAUCUCAUUCCACAUCUGCUCUAGACCAUUACCCUCUCAUCAACCCAGAGAUAGAUAAAGAGUUGCAACCAGAAGUAAGGUGCUUCAAAACAGAGGAGUUGCAAGACAGGAAGUCCAUGCUUGGAGUUUCCAAUUUUACAAGGUUUUCAGACUGGAGAAAACUUGUGCGAGCAAUAGCUUAUUUAAAGACCUUCAUCAGGAAGUACAAGGGUGUCAAGACUUCCAAUACAGGUGGGAAACUUUACGACACAGAUAUCAUCUCAGAAACAGAACACUUCAUUAUUCAGACAGUUCAGAAGGAAGCCUUUGGCCCAGAGAUUCAAGUCAUUAGAGAAGGAAGAUCACUGAACAGAAGCUCAAUCUUAUCCUUGUCUCCAGUGCUAGGUCCAGAUGGUCUCUUACGUGUUGGCGGGAGGUUAAAGGGCAAAAGCAUUGUUGACGACUUAUCCAAACAUCCGAUAAUCAUCCCUAAAAACCACCACCUGGCCAAGCUUCUUAUUCACCAUUUUCAUUGCAAAGUUUCACAUCAGGGUCGACACUUCACUGAUGGAGCGGUGCGAGCUGCUGGAUUUUGGAUAGUGGGAUCCAAGCGCAUGAUUUCAUCUGAAAUCAACAAGUGUGUUAUAUGCCGCAAGCUUAGAGGAAAACUUGGAUGGCAACAGAUGGCAUGCUUACCAGAAGACAGAGUGACACCUAGUCCUCCAUUCUCAUACGUUGGUGUGGAUACAUUUGGACCCUGGGCAAUUGUUCACAGGAGGACCAGGGGAAGUUCAGCCAAUCAAAAACGUUGGGCCUUGUUAUUUACUUGUAUGGUGACCCGAGCGGUACAUAUCGAAGUCAUCGAAGAGUUAUCAAGCGCAGCAUUUAUUAAUGCAUUGAGGCGAUUCGUUGCCAUUAGAGGUCCAGUGAUACAGUUUAGGUCAGACCGGGGAACCAAUUUCAUUGGGGCAACACAGGACCUGUCCAUCAAUGCUGAGUUUGUGGAAAAAGGACCAGUUGGGACGUUUCUCUCUAAUUCAAGAACUUCUUGGGUAUUUAACCCACCCCAUGCCUCUCACAUGGGGGGAGCAUGGGAACGUUUGAUAGGAGUGUCCCGCAGAAUACUUGACUCUAUGUUACUACAGAAUCGAGUCGAACUAACCCACGAUGUCUUGGUAACUUUCAUGGCAGAAGUUACAGCUAUUGUAAACAAUAGACCUUUAUUACCCGUGUCAACAGAUCCAGAGUCUCCAUGUUUGCUCACACCCUCUACCUUGCUAACAAUGAAGACCACAUGCAAUAUUCACCCCUUCCCAGAGUUUGGACCAAAGGAUAUACGUGCGCAUUGGAAGCAAGUGCAGUUAUUAGCAGAUGAAUUUUGGAAGAGGUGGAGAACAGAAUAUAUACAUACCCUUCAAGUGCGUCAUAAGUGGAAAGAAGCACGUUCAAACUUGAAGACUGGUGAUGUCAUCUUGAUGAAAGACAGCGGAAGUGCGCGAAAUGACUGGCCUAUGGGCAUUGUACAAAAGACAUUUCCAAGUGAUGAUGGCCGCAUCCGAAAAGUUGAGAUAUGUGUUGUGAAGGAUGGUACACGCUCUACUUAUGUGAGACCUAUAUCAGAACUUGUCACCCUUUUGGAGGUGUAGUGAACAUCAUUGGUUUUGAUCAUGCACUUAAGGUUAAGUGUUUGUAUGUUUAAGAUUGUAAUGUAAACUAGAUAUGAGUACAUUGUAUUUUUCAGUUGAAUUUGUUUUAAAAAUAGUGAUUUCUAGUAGAAAUCAGAGGGGGAGUGUAGUGUCCGGAAUUAUCCGUCCCCGGUUUUGAUUUUAUUUUUAAGUGUUUGUUUCCGCCCAAGUCAACAAUACAUGUGUUUACAGAUAUUUUGCUUGUCUUGUCCUCUCAUGGUGUAAGUUUUGUUGCUUUAUUUAAUUUGUAAUCAUAAAUUGAUUUAUAAACGUUUAAAUAUCGUAUACGCCAAAUGUCAUUGGUGAACAUUAUGUAUGUUUUGCAUAAUUCUACAUUUUUAUCUGCUAUUUUUUGUAACUGGUUCACUUAAUAUGGCGGACA